AUGUCUGCUACUACUCCACAAUCUGUUAUUUUUGAAAAAGAUUCAUUGACUGAAUCUCAAGUUGUUAAACACGAUGCUGCUGAAUUAGAAUUAAUUGCAGCUUUACCUCAAUUGGAAAAGGAAACUCAGUCAAAGAAAGUUCCUGCUCCUUUUGAAAUCCAUUCUGAUGUAUUGGAUUCUAUUUUCAGUACCAAUUUGGAUGGAACCAAUGAUAUCGAUCAUACUCCUAUGUUUGACGAAUUGGACUUUAUUUUGGAUGGUGCCAAAGUCAACUCUAAGGAAGAUUGGGUUGCCUUGUUUGAAGAAGGUGAACUUGAAUCUGGUGCUGGUGCUUUUGUAUCUGGUGCUGGUGAAGAUCCAAUUCUUGCUUUAGAUGGUGCCGAAGAUGAUGAUGCUCUUGUUCCAAGAGAAGAAUCAUUGGAAGGCUUGUUGCUUGAAGCAUCUCCAAAUGGGUUGUCAUCUAACGAUGAAACCAUUUCUGCUCCAACCACUAAUGCUUCUAGUUCUGCUUCCAGUCCUGAGUUGUGUGGUGGUGCAGCCAGUACCAUUGCUACAUCUGUCACUUCUGGUAAGAGAAAAUUUAGCGAAGUGGAAAAAUCGUUUGCUUUUGGUGGUUCUGAUUUAUCUAAACAACAAUCUCAAUUGUUUACACCAAAUCCAUCCUCAACUUUACCAACUCCAAUGUUGGAUGCCAAACCUAGAAAGAAAUCAAAAGUUGAUCAUUUAGGUUGUGUCACUUAUUCCAAGAAGCAAAGAUCCCAGCCAUUACAACCGAUUGUUGUUGAUGACAUUAGUGAUCCAGUUGCUUUGAAAAGAGCUAAAAACACUGAAGCCGCUAGAAGAUCAAGAGCUCGUAAGAUGGAAAGAAUGAAUCAAUUGGAAGAUAAAGUUGAAGUCUUGGUUGGUGAAAAACAAGCUUUACAAGAUGAAGUUGAUAGAUUAAAAGAAUUAUUAACUUUAAACGGUAUUAAUUUUUAA